AUGGCUGAAGUUCCUGACCUGUUUGCAGACCUGAAGAAUUGUUACAGUGAGAAUGAAGAAUACAGUUCCACCAUUGACCAACUUUCUCUAAAUCAGAAAUCCUUCUAUGAUGCAGCCUAUGGCCCACUUCAUGAGAACUGCAUGGAUAAAUUUGUGUCUGUGAGCACCUCUGAAACCUCUAAGGCAUCCAAGCUCAACUUCAAGGAAGGCUUAGUGGUGGUGGCAAAAUCAACCAAUGGGAAGAUUCUGAAGAAGAGAUGGCUGAGUUUAAAUCAGACCAUCACUGAUGAUGACCUGGAAGCCAUUACCAAUGAUACGGAAGAAGAAAUCAUCAAGCCCCGGUCAGCCACUCAUACCUUCCAGAGCAAUAUGAGAUACAAAUACAUGAAGAUCAUCAAACAGCAAUUUGUCCUGAAUGAUGCCCUCAAUCAAAGUAUAAUUCGAGACACAUCAGGUCAAUAUCUCAAGGCUGUCCCAUUAAACAAUCAAACAAUUAACCUUGAAGUGAAAUUUGACAUGGGUGCCUACAUACCAGUCACGGAGGCUUCUAAACUUCCUGUAACUUUAAGAAUCUCAAAAACUCGUUUGUUUGUGAGUGUGCAAAAAGAAGAUGAUCCAGUGCUACUAAAGGAGAUGCCUGAGACACCAAAAACCAUCACAGAGAGUGAGAGCAACCUCCUCUUCUUCUGGGAAACUCAUGGCACGAAGAACUACUUCACAUCAGCUGCCCAUCCAGAGUUGUUCAUUGCCACAAACGAAGAAACUUUAGUGCACAUGGCAAAGGGGCUACCGUCUAUCACAGACUUUCAGAUAUCGUAA